AUGGGGCUGCCAAUCACCGUCUCCACAUGCUCGCUCAACCAGUGGGCGCUCGACUUUGACGGCAACCGCGAUCGCAUCCUCGAAUCCAUUCGCCUCGCCAAACAGGCAGGCUCGCGUCUGCGCGUGGGCCCCGAGCUCGAGAUCCCCGGCUACGGCUGCUUCGACCACUUCCUCGAGCCAGACACGGUGCUGCACUCCUGGCAAGUGCUCGCCGAGAUCCUUGCAUCCAAUGCGACCCACGGUAUCCUCUGCGAUGUUGGCAUGCCGGUCCUCCAUCGCUCCACGCUCUACAACUGUAGACUGCUCCUCUUGGAUGGCAAGAUCCUGCACAUUCGGCCCAAGAUGUGGCUCGCCAACGACGGAAACUACCGCGAGAUGCGAUACUUCACUCCUUGGACACGCACCAACCACACUGACAGCUUCACGCUCCCUCGCAUCGUCUCCUCCAUCACCGGCCAGGACGAGGUUCCCUUCGGCGAUGCGGUUGUCAAGACAAGAGACACGGUGCUGGGCGUCGAGCUGUGCGAAGAGCUCUUCACCCCUAACUCGCCGCACAUCCGCCAAGGUCUAGACGGCGUCGAGAUCUUUACUAAUUCAUCGGCGUCGCACCACGAGCUCAGGAAGCUUUAUCGCAGAGUCGAGCUUAUCAAGGAAGCCACGUUGAAGCUCGGCGGGAUUUACCUAUAUGCCAACCAGCAAGGGUGUGAUGGCGAUCGACUCUACUACGACGGAUGUCCGCUCAUCGCGGUCAACGGCAGUAUUGUCGCGCAGGGCUCGCAGUUCUCGCUGGAUGACGUCCAGGUCAUUUCGGCGACGGUGGAUCUGGACGACGUGCGAGCUCACCGCAGCGCCAAGAGCAGAGGCAUGCAAGCCGUCAGCGAAAGCAGCGGUAUCGGUUGUCCGCGCAUCAACGUCGACUUUGACGUGGGCGAGUCGGAAGAGUAUGGAUCAAAGACCCCGGGAACGUCGACACCCCAAGCGACCAAUGCCGGCAAAAGUGACGAUGCAGAACGGCUGUACAAGCGGUACUUUACUCCGCUGAGCCAGCCCAUCGAGGUACGCUACCACUCGCCAGAGGAAGAGAUCGCGCUGGGACCUGCUUGCUGGUUGUGGGACUAUCUGCGUCGAUCGCGCACCCAAGGCUAUUUUGUCCCGCUUUCGGGAGGUAUCGAUUCCUGUGCCACGGCAACAAUUGUGUUCAGCAUGUGCAGGCUCGUCCUCGCCGCCAUCGACGCACCCUCUUCAUCCUCCUCCUCGACUUCUAACAAGGCAACGUCGUCGCUUACGACCGAUACACGCGCGCAGGUGCUCGCAGACGUGCGUCGAAUCUGCAACGAAAAGGAGGGCUCCAUGUGGAUCCCAGCAACACCACAGGAGCUCUGCAACCGCAUCUUUGUCACGUGCUACAUGGGCACCGAGAACUCGUCCGAUGAGACUCGGCAGCGCGCCAAGGACCUUGCUGCCGACAUUGGCGCCUACCACAUCGAUCUCAACAUGGAUCUUGUGAUCCGGGCCAUCAUCACGCUCUUCUCCACCGUCACGGGGGCCACGCCGCGCUUCCGCGUGCACGGCGGGACGCCAGCGGAGAACCUGGCGCUGCAGAACAUCCAGGCGCGGCUGCGCAUGCUGCUCGCGUACAUGUUUGCGCAGCUGGUGCCCUGGGUGCGCGGCACGUGGGGCGGGCUGCUCGUGCUCGGCUCGGCCAACGUCGACGAGUCGCUCCGCGGCUACCUGACCAAAUACGACUGCAGCUCGGCCGACAUCAACCCGAUUGGUGGCAUCUCCAAGACGGACCUCAAGUCGUUUAUCGCCUACGCGCGCGAUGCGUUCUCGCUGCCCAUCCUGCACGCCUUCCUCACCGCCGUCCCCACGGCCGAGCUCGAGCCCAUCACCGAAACCUACGUGCAGGCCGACGAGGCCGACAUGGGCAUGACCUACGACGAGCUCUCGGUGUUCGGCCGCCUGCGCAAGAAUCUCAAGUGUGGGCCAUAUGCCAUGUUCAACAAGCUGUUGCAGGAGUGGGGGCCCAGCAUGGGCGCCGAGAAGGUUGCGGACAAGGUCAAGCUCUUCUGGUUCGAGUACGCGAGGAACCGGCACAAGAUGACCACCUUGACGCCGAGCUACCACGCCGAAGGGUACAGUCCGGAUGAUAACCGGUUUGAUCUCAGGCCGUUCUUGUAUCCGUCGAGGUUUCCGUUUCAGUUUAGGAAGAUUGACGAGUUGGUCCGCAGGUUGGCUGCCGUGUCGAGAGCCGGCUUGGUCGGUGGUGAGGCGGAGGACAGGAAGGACAUCUAG